AUGGAAACUCCAGAGAGGGCAACUCCAACAGAAACGAAAAAGUCAAGAAUUUGGAAUCCGGCUUUAGACCUUGAUGAAGGCCCUAAGAAUCUUAAAAAGGAAAAGCUCGACUGUGCACCGAUCUCCAUUCCACAAUUCACUCCAUUCAUGCAACCAUUCUUGAAUCUCUUUGUUGAGAAUUACAUCCAAUCAAUGCAACCAUUCACCUGGCGGAUCCAACAAUUUCAACAAGCCAACAAGAAAUUUCAAGUGAAUCUCAAGCAGCAAAAGCAAGCUGUGAUCCCAUCACAAAGUAACACUGAAGCCUCGACAAGCAAUGCGAACAAUGUGAACAAUUCUCAAAUUCCGAAUCCGCUUGUCGCUUCAGCUUUGGGUUUACCGUCACAGGGAAUCGAGAAUUCGUGCGCGAUUUGUGGAGCAUCGUUUAGACUGACAACUGAUUUGGUUGCUCAUAUGCGCUCAAAUCAUCGAAUGUGUCGAUUCAAGCGGAAAAACGAGAAAUUG